AACUUAUUCAGUAAAUUAAACGAUGUUUACCCAACACUAAAUUGAACGAUGUUUACCCAACACUACAAGGAAAGCACCUCUGUGCCCCACCUUUGACCUAAACCUCAAACAAAUAAAAUCAUUGCGUAAUAUUUGCGUUAAACCUGGGGCUUCGUUACAGCACAGCCGUAUCCAACAGUGAACUGCAACCACAAUCAUGAUAUCAUCCGGCUGGCUGUCUUUUUUCCUGGUGCUCUCCAUUCUGGCUGGGACCUGGGCCUACAAUGCAAAGAAGUGCGAUGACACACCGACCGAGACUGGGCCGUGCAAGGGGGAAUUCGAGAUGUGGCGCUUCGACAGGGUCAACCGGCAGUGCGAGUCCUUCAUCUUCGGCGGCUGUCGUGCAACCAACAACUUUUUCGAGUCUGGAAUGCACUGUGUUUUAAACUGUCUGAAACACCACGAAUUCUAAAUAUAAAUACCAAUAUUUAU